AUGACGACCAGAACUCAUAUUCGAGACGUCUUGCGUCCCCUUGAUCCUAAUCAAUCAGAAACGCCCGUGAAGGAAAAUGAAUUCAAAAGCCCAUUUGGUAUGGGAACGACUGCAAAGACAUCAGCUACUCCCAAACGAACGGCAGUACCAAACGCCGCCAACUUGCUAUCGCCCCUCCCAAUCAAGCAGCGCAAGAACUUUUUCAAGAGCCCACAGUACAAAUCUCGCAAACAACAGUUUCAUUUGGUGUGUGCAGAGCGAGUCGCAGAAGAUAUCGACGGCGACCUCUGCGAGCUAGGGAUUCAAGAAUGGGCAGUUGAUGAUUUUGUGUACCAAAGAAAGUUGGGACAUGGGGGAACUGCCCACGUUUAUUUGGCCAGUGAAAAGCAAUCUGGCUAUAAGGUGGCUUUGAAGAUUCAAGAAACGGACGAUAAUGCUUUUUGCGAAAUCGAUAUUCACGACAAACUGGAUCAUCCGAACAUUGUUCGAAUGAUUGACUACUUUUACUCAUUCACACCAUUCCGAACGGAAGAGGAAGACCAAGGCUGGGAGGACGGUCCUACACUUCCCCACAACCCGGAAGAGCCAUUCUUGUAUAUGAUUCUCGAAGUGUGUGACGGAGGAUCUCUUCAUGACAAGAUAGAUAAUGCCCCAAAUGGACGGAUUCCAGAACAACAGGCGGCAAAAUACUUUCUCGAUGCUGUCCGGGCCCUGGAAUACAUUCACGCACAAGGCAUGCUUCACUGUGAUUGUAAACCCGCCAACUUUUUGCUAGACUUGGAUGAUCGCGUCAAAUUGGCCGACUUUGGCAUGGCAGUGCAUGAAGAGGAGAAGGAAGUAGUUGGUGGGUCGCCAGUGUACAUGGCACCCGAACACUUAAUGGCCUGGCGGCAAAUGACGGAUGAUUUUGACCAUCGAAGUGAUAUCUAUAGUCUCGGGGUAGUUUUGUAUGAAAUGUUGGAAGGUGUUUUACCAUACAUUGUCUGGGAAGCCCCCAAGAUGAACCUCGAAAGCAGCGUUCCUGCUCCGAUUUAUGACAGCGACGACGAAGAACUUUUCCCGAUCUUAGACCUGCGCAAGCUUUUCGACAUGUCGUCAGAAGAACCAUUUUACGUCCCUCCGCCACUGUUUCUCGCGGAAAUUUCGGAAGAGGCAGAAGACUUAGUGACGCGCCUCAUGGAGCCGUCUGCCAGUGAAAGGAUUUCCCUAUCGGAAGCAAAGGAUCACCCCUGGCUAAAGAAGUUCAAUUUGUAA